AUGGAAAACAGGGAGUGCGAAAUACGAAUUUUGAACGGGACGAGCUGCACAUUUUACAGGUAUAUGCACUCAGUAAAGCAUGGCGUCUGGUUGGUGAACCCCCCGGAGUGUUUAAAGAUCAAGGGGGAGGAAAAAUGCAUCGCAAAGUUUACCAAAACGAUGGGAAACUUUUACGGCAUUCUCCAAUACUGCGUAGUGAUAAAUAACGAAGAGUACAUUUUGAACGCCCGUUUUGACAUCCCCCUUUUGGGAGACAACACGGCUUCUGCCGUCCUAGGAAUGAACAUAAAAAAUGACAAGGCGCAGAUGCUAUCCCAGCAGAAUUACUUCAUAGUGAAGCACAGUUUUGACAAUACUUAUAAUAGCAAAUUUUUUAUAAGCAUUUUGGAGACGGAGGAAGGGAAGAGAUUUAUCGAAUAUCACAAGAAGAAAUUGAAAAAAGGCUUGCUCAGAAUUUUAAACAUAAGAAUGAUAGAAGAGAAGGAAAAGUUAAAAUAUGAAAAGAGUGUGAAUAACUGGGCGAGAAGAAACGAAGGAGGGAAUAAUUAUAGUUAUGCUAAUGAGGAGGAUAGUGUGUUGAGGGAUAGGCUGAUUUAUAGUUCCUACCGAAAUGAAGACAUAAUGGAAAAUUUGCCUCUAAGUUUUAUAGUAAAUAUUAAAAAUUACGAAUGGAAGAAAAGGCUAAGAAAAGCACACAAAUCGCUAUACAUUUUGAUAAUCAAUUUUACCAGGCAAACAUUAACCCUAUCGGAUAGUAAAGGAUCCAGGUCAUCCAUUCUGACGGAAGGAAAUUGGGUUGAACUACCUAGUGAGAAAAUAUCCCCCAUGCGGUGCACUGAAUUUGGAUGUAAUAGCGAUGGGAUGUUUUCCAGCAUUAACGGAUUUUGUAAAUACAACUUCAUGAAUGAAUCUUGUUACUUAAACAUUUUUUGGGACAUCAACAGUGUGAAUUCGAAGAUCAAAUGCAGCAUUAAAAACACCACCAAGUAUACUAUAAUUAAAAAUGUGGAAAUAUUUAACGAAUGCACUGCUGUGUUUCACAUUUUGGAAUAUUACUAUUACCCGCCGAUAAAAAUUUUGGAGUGUAAAGCCUUGACAAAUAAUAUUAUAAACAAGUAUGGCAUAACAAAGGAGAACGUGGAUGCCAAUUUGAGCGUCAUUUAUCAAUGUAGUAUAAAUGUGAUUCGCCAGUUUUGUCAAUAUUUGCAAAAUAAUGCAUCGUAUGAUAGUAACUCGAAUGAGGAUUUUAUAAACCCGGAGGAUUUCAGAAUGGGCAUGUCUGACGAUGUGUAUGGUUGUGAUGAGGAUGAUCUGAGAAGUCACGUUGGAGGGGGGGGCUCCAACUUUACCAAUUUGGCCAGUUUAACAAGCUUGUCUAAUUUUGGCAAUUUGGGAAGUUCAGGACUUCUGGCCCCGUCCCCUUUGUCCAGUUUUUCCAAAAUGAAGAGUUCCCUGUCGCUGUACUCCAACGCCGUCGAGGAGAUGAUGCACAAAUCGCAGCAUUUGGAUAAGGCCCAAAUUGCGGACGAUAUUAUAAGUCUGAAAAAUAAUAAAAGGAUUUACGUCCUCGACAAAAGCGGUAGCAAUGUUAGCGGUAACGAUAGCGGCACUGUUAACGGAGUUGUUGGCGGUAGGGCGAACUACUUAAGGCAUGCCGAUUUACGGGAGAGCGUAAUGCAAGACAAGGGGUUCAAUUUGUUAAAAAAGAGAAACGCCACCUCGAACAGUUUAUACAUAAACCGGAGACACACGUUCACAAAUAUCAACAUCACGGCGGCACGAGACUUCUUCUGCUACAUGCACGGAAAUAAUUACUCCAACAACAUUCCUAUAAACUCCUACUUGUAUAUCUCCUGGAAUAUAGGAAAUAUAAUUUACAGAAAUCUGUACAAUUCUAGUGAAAAUAUAAUUAUUAAUGCACAUAGUCUGUUAAGCAGCCACAACAUAAAUGAUGACGUAAUUCUUAAACUCCGAAUUGAUGAUAAUAAUAGGAGGAUUUAUCCGUCCAGUUUAAUUCACUCACUUCUUAUGAACACACAAAGUAGUAUAUACAUUAACAAUGAGUAUGUCCUACUAGAUAUUAUUCUAAAUAUUUUCCACCUUCUGUCAACCCAUUUGUCUCCUCUCAUAGAAAGGAUUCUAGAAGCGGAGUAUGGGAACAAAUGGCUAGUGGAUAGUAAAAUCCCCAAAAGUAACAUAUGGGAAAAAUCCAAAGGGAACAACGAAUUAGACAUAGAAGGAAUUAUCCACAUUAUUACUACCUACUGGAUUGAUGUUUUUGAAAAGAAAAUUAAAAAUAUGGAAAUUCUUGAUAACCUGCAGAAGGCGUCCAUCUUUUGGGCCAAUCAGGAGAUUGAUCAGUUCGACCAGGAAUUUGUCAAAAAGCUCAUUGAAAGCUCCUCCCUCCUGUUAAAAGUUUUUGGCGACUACAGCACCGCCAAGAGUAUUGAAAAGCUCUACUACAACAAGUACUCCAUUUUUAACGACAUCUGCGUGGAGUGA